AUGAAAGGAAUUGAUUCUGGGAUUUUCGCAAGAGAACAUAUGUCCAAUUAUCUCACAGCUCUUCGAUCCUUGAAGCCUAAAGGGGAUGUUAAUCUCAAGAAAAUAUUGUUAAAAGCGCAUUCAAAGACUGUUGCUUUAGGAUCAUCCAUUGCCUGUGUUGUUACCCUUAAAAGAGACCGAUUGUGUUAUGCCAACGUGGGUGAUAGCGGUUUCAUGGUUUUCAGAGGGAAAAGGCUUGUUUACAGGUCACCGACACAGCACAGCUUUUUCAACUACCCUUUUUCAUUGGGGAAUUGGGUUCAGAAGGGUAAGCGCCGGGCUUCGGUUUUCCUUGGUGAAUUUGAUGUGGAGCAGGGGGAUAUUGUGGUUGCUGGUACCGAUGGAUUGUUCGAUAAUCUUUUCAGCUCUGAGAUCGAAGAGAUUCUUCAAGAACAUGGAGGAAGAUCUUGUCCUCAGGAUCUUGCCUGGACCAUCGCAACUGUUGCGUCCAUGAAUUCAACCAGCGAGGAUUAUGAUUCUCCCUUUGCAGUUGCUGCCGAGUCUGAAGAAAUCGAGCAUAUUUUUUUUGGGUUGACCCGAGUCAACCCGAGUCAACCCAUUUGA